AUAAAGAUUUCCUUCGGCAGAAGAAACUGGACUUAAACAAACUUGCUGUGGAUAAUUUACAGCCCAAAGAAAAGGUAGCUAUCCUCAGUCGUCGGCAACUGAUUUAUCCCGCUCAGCCAGACCAGAGCUCUAAGCGUAAUCAUCUUGAAAAGGAAAACGAAGAUCUCAAAUUGAAAAUUCGGGAGCUGGAAGAACAGCUAAAAGACAGUACAAAUAGCACCAUGGAAGAUUGUAAAACUAAAAUCUCUACUUUGGAAGAGGAGCUUGAUCAAAUGGCGCUCCAGCUAGCAGACCGGGAAUGCGAAGCAAUUGAGCUUCGCGAAAAGCUGGAGUCCUUAGAAAAAAGAAAGCAGUCUGACGAUACAAUGAAUCAACUAGCGUCAAGGUUCCAGGAAAAUAUGGAAAAGCUUCAGGCAAUCGUGGAUCAGCAUCAAACUAAUUUUUCAAGUACCCCAUCUCGGAUGUCUGCUUCGGCAAGUAGCAGCCCGCGCGGAUGUAAUCCGGAUGAAGUGAUGGUUCCUUUUCACGGCAACAUUUCAAUUACUCGUGCCUCAAUGCGAAGAAUUUUGAUUGCUGCGAGACUUGGAAAAACUGAAAAGGACUUAAAUAACACAGUUACUACAAUAUUGGAUGCUUUUUAUUCUCCUGCCGAGCUUGCUGAAUAUUCGCGGACAGGUAAAGUUUGCCCAACAAAGCCUGGAACACUGCCAAAAAGAAAUUUCCUGAGGAUAUCUUGAAUGCCAUAUCAGAUAAAAUAGAUAUUUUUUUGGUUUUUUUUUCUGUUUUCAACCGACCUUUCUAUGAAAUAGGUUUCAUUACAAGCCGUUGGUCGACGUGGCACGAAGGCGCAGUUGUCGAGGAAGCUACCGUUCAUGCUGCCGUCGGCCAUCGCCUUCUUGGAUGCCACACGAACACCCGCAAAAGAAAACUGCGGCAUCCUGACUUAAAUGUGGAUGACAUUCUCAACGAAGAAUUGACUAGGGCCAACGACAGCUUGGGUAUGUAAUAAAGGCUAUGUGCAGUAAAGUCCGUUCGUAUUUUAAUCCAGAGGAUCGUUUUACCUGAUGAGGUUAAUUUAAACUUGUGUUUUCUUUACGUUUUAUUUCGCGUUGCGUGAUUUGCAUAUGCAUUUCUUUUAGAGUCAAAACCAGUUUUCUUUAACUUGUAUGUGUGUUUUGUAUACUUAUGUACAAUGUCUUUCGCGAUUCGAUCGCAAUUUGCCGCGGUUGUAAUUUGAUUUCAA